AUGGCUCAAACAUAUAUUCACAAAGGUUCAUACCAGUCCAUACUGGAAGAUGCCUCCCCAGGCCUCCUCUUCUUAAAAGCCCUCCUUCCCGCACUGGAUUCCCUUGGCCCCUUUCACGGCACACCCGAUGUAGCCAAUUAUCUUGCACCGAACGCAGUUUUCAUCAUCAACAACGGCGGCCCGGUACAAGCAGCAAGCGUGCUAGGUAUGCUGGAAAUGCGUGCCUCCAAACUAUCCAAGUUUGGUCACGCCGUGGAAAUGGUGUGGGAUGUUGACAAUGCAGAUGGCUCGAGGACGGUCAUGUAUGAGAGCACAAGCGUGACUGUGUUUAAAGAGGACAGUGAUGGCGUUGAGGUCAAGAUUAAAGAAUUUAAUGUCAUUGAGCUUGCUAAGAGUGUUGAUGGAAAGGGCCUUCAUGGGCUACAGGCGAUACAGUUGAAGGCUUAUCUGGACGGGUCGCCUGUUGCAGACAGAGCAGCUGCUAUGAUGAAGGCUAGGAAACAGUAA